AUGAAACUCGAUCCAUUGUCACCGACGCCUCAAUCCACAGAGACUCCGGUGCGAACUGACAAAAGUGCGGAUUGCAUAAUGGGUCGAAUGGAAAGCUUAACAAGAACGGCAAAUGCCUCUCAAAGAUACUUCUUGCAGGAACUCGAUUCCUCCUAUAUGAGUGUGGUUCUUGUAACCUGCUUCCUCAUCUCAGGCCUCAUUGACAGCGUGGCGUUCAACACGUGGAACUGUUUUGUCAAUAUGCAGACUGGCAACACCGUCUUUGCCGCCCUUGGUCUGGGUGGUCAGCCGAAAGCGAGCCACAAGCAGCAAUAUUACAAGUCUCUGACAUCCAUCGGUGCCUUCUGCCUGGGUGCGUUGUUCUUCAGUACGCUGCAUCGCUAUCCCAGCGGCCGAGUUUGCCAACCACCACUCUCGUCUCGCCGACGACUCAACCUCAUCGUAUCCUUUUUUGUUCAGACAGUCUUCAUUGUCAUUGCCGCGAGCUUGGUAUCCACGAACGAGGUGUCGAACCAACCGUUCGUCGCCGGUACUUUUUCGUCGGGCAACGACGAGAUACCUGCGUCCAUGAUCAAUUUCCUCGACCUGUGCCCGAUAGCCCUGGUCUCCUUCCAGGCCGCAGGGCAAGUCACGCUCUCGAGAUUGCUUUCCGUCGUCGAACUGCCAACAAUUGUCCUGAGUGCCUUGUACCACGACGUCUGCGCCGACCUGUACAACAUCCGAGAUUCGUGGAGGAAGAGCGCCAGUCUCUGGGAGUUCUUUGUCGUCAGCGAGAGGAAACAACAGAGACGGGCUGCGUGCAUUGUGGCGCUUUUCCUCGGAGGCAUCAUCGGUGGGGAAAUGUACAAGUCCUCGGCCGGAAUGGGGGGAGCAUUGUGGCUUGCUGCAGGUUUGAAAUUCGGUAUCCUCGUCGGAUGGUUCUUCUGGAAGGCACAAAAAGACAGCGAUGACUGCAGCGACCAACUACCGGGAUGA